CAGCUUGGUGUUUCGGUUGGGGUGUUCCUAUGAGUGUGUGGGUAUAGAUCGUGAGGGUAGGGUGUGUUUAUCAGUUUGUAGAUAUUUAUCUCUCGCUCUCUAUUACCCACCUUUUUUAAAAGAAGUUUUUAAUUCUAUUCCUUACAUUUAUAUUUUAACGUAGUACUCUCGUUAUGGAUGUGUUCAGCUCUAAUUUCGGAUACCCAACCGUGGUAAUUAGUUCUGGUCUGUUUUAUUUGAACAACUAUUGGAUUUUAAAAGCUCUCACUCCAUCCUCGCUUCAGAAAAACCCCAAGAAACAAUGGAAAUGGCGAAAUACAGCGAAUUCCCUUAUACAUUCAUUUAUUACUGGCUGUGGAGCUUGUUUAUGCUUUUGGUCAGCACCUGAUAUGCGCAGAGAUCUCAUUUCAGAAUGGACCCCAGCCUCUUAUACUCUUAUCUCAAUUUCAAUUGGCUACUUUAUUUAUGACUUAAUUGAUAUGGCAAUGAAUGAUCCAAAAUCUAAAACUUAUGAGCUUCUUCUUCAUCACUUUAUGGUGAUUCUUUCAUUUAUGACUGCUAUGAGCCAGCGUAAGUACAUCGGUUACACGCUGAUGGCUCUGCUAGUUGAAGUUAAUAGUGUCUUCCUCCACUCUCGACAACUGCUGCUUUUAAAUCAGUGGAAUAAGUCUUCUACAGUCUACCGCAUCAACAAUUCUUUUAAUCUUGGUACAUUUGUUGUAUUCAGGAUACUUACUUUGGGUUGGAUGACGAGGUGGCUCGUUCACCACCGCAUGGAUAUGAGCAGUUUUGAUAUCUACGUAGCUGGUUCUACUCUGACUAUUGUGAUGGGAAUGAAUAUUAUCCUUCUUCAACGCCUCCUCAACUCUGACUACCGACAGGUUCCAAAAACUCCCACCGAUGAACACAUGAAAGUCAGAUGAAUAUAGAAAUGUUCUUUUUCGAACAGUACAUGACCCGUUAAUAUACAGUUUGUUGAGUAAUACUGAGCAGGGAAAAUAUUUCAAAGUGAUAAUGUGAUUUUUUUUUUUCUUUUUUCCCGUGAAAGUGAGUUGAUGCCAUGAUAUUAACGGGUAAAAAAAAAAAAGUGUAUAUAAUAUCCUAAACAUAUGUAUUUAUUUAAUUUUUUAUUUAUGAAGAUGUGUAAGUUCAUUUCAUGUUUAUUGUAUUUUUUAUGAUUGAAAUUAUCUAUUAUUUUUUUAAAAAGUGCUUGUAAUCCACUUACUGAUAAGUUCAAAUUAUGUUUAGCUUGACAUUUAGCCUGUACAACCUAUUGAGCCCUAUAUUAGGGCUUGACUUAUAUAAUGUAACAUUAACAUGCACCUUGACGAAUAUAUUUGGAGCAAAAAUGUUGACAUAAAUGACUGCUGAACGCUCACACUGAACCAUAAUGGUUUAUUGCUCUCUGUAUGUGAUUGUUUUGUCAAUAUUUAAAAAACAAACCAUGUUUUCCAUUUAGCUUUAAUUGCGAUUUUUCAACUCAUUAAUGUUUCAAAUUAUGUGCCCUUUCAUUGUCUUUCUCGAUUAUUUAAUAAUAAUUAUUGACUGAAUAAUUUUUUUUUUAAUUAGCAUAAAUUUGAUAUAAAUUUCUGUUCUUCCCUCUAAACUGUGUUGCUUGUAUUUAAAUACAUUUGACGUAUGUUUAGUUACCAUCGUUAACAUGUUCUAAAUUUUUAUACACUGUGCUAAAAUGCUAUAUUUCUUUUCCAAGUGUUAUCUAGUCUUUAUGUAUUCCCUGUUUAGGGUCUCUAGUUUGUUAUGUCUUCGUCAAAAAGUCUCUUUAUUAUAAGUUAUUUUUUUAUACAAUAAAAAGCUAUGGCCAAA